CGUCCGCGGGCGAGGCGGGGCAGCCAGCAGACCCGACGGUAUUUCGUUCCAUCGGGCUUCUCCGAGUCGUCGUCCCUGGUGACCGGACGACGACGAUCAUCGUCGAUUCCUGGUGCUACUGCCGGUCGACGCGAUCCGCGUCACCACUAUGCCACGCUGUCUCAUGGCGAAAAAGUGGAAGUGGAAUCAGUGGCAGGCCCGCGUGGACGAUCAGACGAACGAGCAGAAGGACGCGACGCCACCCGGGGCCGCAAGCCCGCAGGAGCAGCAGGCGCAACAUCUGCUGCAUCAUACCGCGGACGCUAUGGAGAAGCGAUCGCACAGACAUGAGCCGAUCGAGGACGAGGAAAUCGACGUGGUCGGAGACGUCGAUAAUCAUCAGGUCGACCAUCAGCAGACCUGUUGGGGGCCGCACAGUCCCACGGCGGGGGCUACGGCUCCCAGUCCGCCGCCCCUCAACGCUUCCGGCGCUCUGUAUUAUCACGGCUACACGCACGAGGCAUGGAUCAACCACGAGGAGCCGCCCAAGUACGCGACGCUGCGCUCAGCGGCGGAACUGGCGCGUCCGGUAGCUCCGUCGCCGCCACCCCCGGCUGCGCAACAGGAACUACCGGUUCCGGUACUGACCGGGCCGAACUUGCAUCAAGCGCCCUCGCAUCAAACCACGACAAAUCCAUCGUCAUCGUCGUCGUCAACGUCAUCAUCGUCCGUCGCGCUGAUGUGCCUGCCGCCGCGCAAGAGCCUCUCGAUGUCCUUCACCAGCACCGGUACGGCCCUAUCCUUACCGCCCAAGAAGAAGGACAUUUACCGUCCUUACAGCCUGCAAUCGAUCUCGGAGAUACGCACGUCCGCCGAGGAGGACCUGUCGGCCGCGCAGGCCAUCCUGGAUCUCAGCGCGUCGCCCGCCGCGCCCACGCACUCCGUUUUUAUUCACACUCUGUCACCUCCGCCACCACCGCCGCCGCCGCCGCCGCCGCCGCUGCCGCCGCCACCCGCGGCCGCAAAUGUCAUCGCGCCGAAUGCGACCGCGACUGUGCAGCAGCAGCAGCAGCAGCAGCAGCAGCAGUUGCAACCGGCACCGACGGCGGGUACGCAACAACCUAUACCAGUCUCCGUACUAGUGCCGGUACCAAGUUCGCAGACCAACCAGCUGCAUCAACAGGAGCAGACGCCACCGCAGCCGCAGUCGCCGGCAACCGCGGAGGUCACUGGCGGAACCUGCAACGUCGGCAGGGAUAGCACCACCAACGGCAGCAAGACUGUCGCUUACACCUACGAGGCCUUCUUCGUGUCCGAUGGCCGGUCGAAACGUCGCGGUGGCGGCGCCGGCGGCGGCGGUAAUAACGGCGCCGCCGUGCCCGACAAGGAGGCGGCCCAACCGGACAGGCCCAAGUUCACGUGCACGGAAUGCGGCAAGCAGUACGCCACAUCGUCGAAUCUGUCGCGGCACAAGCAGACGCAUCGCAGCCUCGACUCGCAGUCGGCCAAGAAGUGCAUCCACUGCGGCAAGGCUUACGUCAGCAUGCCCGCCCUGGCCAUGCACGUGCUCACGCACAAGCUCGCCCACAGCUGCGGCGUAUGCGGCAAGAUGUUCUCGCGACCCUGGCUGCUGCAGGGUCAUCUGCGCAGCCACACCGGCGAGAAGCCGUACGGAUGCGCCCACUGCGGCAAGGCAUUCGCCGAUCGCUCGAAUCUGCGGGCGCACAUGCAGACCCACUCGGCCGACAAAAACUACGAGUGCUCGAGGUGCCACAAGACCUUCGCCCUCAAGUCUUAUUUAAACAAGCAUCUGGAGUCGGCGUGCCUGCGCGACGAAGAGAUGCAGCAACAGCAGCAUGCCGCUAACGGUGCCAGUGUCACGCAGCAUCAGCAGAACACCAAUCGAGGCUUGUAGCAGCGCUUCGAGAAGGGGAACAACGACGUCACGAGAAUCGAGGAAUCGAGAGAGAGCUAGCGGUGUCCCGUGAUCGCCGCUUGAUCACAAAGAGACACGAGGAUACGAAAAACGAGGGAGAAGAUAUAAGGUUUGCCGUAGAUUUUAAGUAGAAAAGUGCCAGUAGAGACAGAAAUGAGAGUUAGAAAGAGAGAGAGAGUGAGAGAGAGAGAGAGAGAGAGAGAGAAUGAGAAAGAGAGAGAGAGAGAGAAAGAAAGCAAAGAUAGAAAAGAAUGAUAUGAAUUAGAUUGGAACGAAAGGGAGCAAGAGAGAAAGAGAGCGUGAGUUUAUUAAUAAUGUCUAACAUUAAUAAAAACGUCCAGUAAUGUUAAGUCGUAAAAGAAAAAAAGAAAAAAAACACGUCGAACGAUGACGUCCACACUGCAGAGUCUAGUCACUCUAGUCGAUUAUAUACCUAUUACAUUAUGAUAUUAUAUUAUAUAUAUAUAUUAUAGUAUAUAUAUAUAUAUAUAUAAAUAUAUAUAUAUUUACUAGCGCGUACGAUAGUCCGCGAACUCGUUACGAAGACAUUAUUUAUUAAUACUUAGCUGCCUAAAUUUAAAAAAAAAAAGGGAAACGAAGAACAAGCCGAAUGAUAUUUACAGGAUCCGUGAAUCGCGCGCCUAUCGAAUCUGGAUCGCGACGCAUCCUCGAUCUUUCUCACGCGUUUCGCGAUCGCAAUGAUCGAGGCUGCCGGAUCGCUGUAACAUCGAGACGCGCAGGUGCGAUCGACGAACUUGCUCGUAGCAGUAAUUCGCUGAUUCUCAUUUCGCAAAGAGAGAGAAAAAAAACUUAAGCCUUCUCGAAAUAAUAUCGCGUAUAUUUCCAGUGGCACAAAAAUCACCACAGAUCGAUCAAAAAUUAAUCCGUCUCUGCUGCUGUCAGUAUCUUCGAGUUUUAAUGCAACUUUAAACAGCCAUUAUUUUAAGUUCACGAGCAUUUCCACGAGAGUAUUAACUAUGCUAUUAAAAUAAUUAUAAUAUAAUUGAUAUCACGCGAUGUUAGAAUCAUGGUUGUUUGAAGUGACUCGAAGUUACUACACGAGUAGAGAAAGGGUUAAUCGGGUCCGUUCAGCGAAUGCGCUCCUUUAAAACUUCCUCGAGUUUAAUCCAUUGGGAUAGAACGAUAAAAGCUACGGCUAAUCGAUAAGCACAAUAACCGCACAGCGAUUGCACCCGGUCGGAGUUACGACACAUCACCUUCGCGACUGACGCGUGAAGAUAAAGGCCGGACACAAAGUGUUCGUCUCUUUGGAGAUUCUGAGGGUACGCAUUAAACUGAAAACUUUAUGCUUCGUAGCAUCCCCUCUUUUGUAUCUUUUUUUAUACGGAGUCCAAGUUGCGGCCACACCUGCGUAUCUCACGUGAUUAUCGACGCGCGCGUUCCAGCUACGAAGCAAAUCGCGAGAUAUCGGCGACAGAAAAUCGUGCGUGACUGAAGUGGAAUUAUAUCGCAGGAAAUACGUGAUGCGUCUCUCGCGAUCGACUGAUCGCGGAUGCCAAUACACGUAUGUGUACGGUAUCGCAUUAUAAAACGGAUCCUCACACGUACUUAGAGCAAAUUCGAAUAAUAGACGCGUGUAACACAUUGUUAUACAACACAUAUUUUAUAGAGGCAAUAUAAGAAAAAAAUAAAUAAAUAAAUAAAUAAAUAAAUAAAUAUGACGCGACAAGUACGGUCAAAGCAAUGUUUCGACACAACGAAUUAUAUAACUAUACAUAUAGAGGCAAACACAUCGAAGUUUAACCAAGUUUCGAGCAAGAACCGAUGAUAUGCUUAUAUGCAUGAUGGAGAACGAUCGCCCGAUCCACACCCCCUUUCGUAUUAAUCGAUUUUGACAGUGAGAAUCUUGGAAUCGGCAUUUUUAUUAAAAUAACAACGUUCCUUUUAUGACUUUUAUAAGAUCGUUAUUAAGUCGAUAGAAAGUAGUUUCUGAAAAAUUAUAUAUAUUUUAUUAUAAUAUUUUCUAUUACACAUAUUAUUUAGUUUCGAGGAAAUUAUAUUUAUGUGGAUUUCUGCAUCCCUGCAUUUGUGUUGGCACAUAAUAACACGAAUUUCUUUUAAUGACAUUAAAUCACAUAUUCAGAUAAAAUUAAUUAAUUCCACGCGAUGCAUUCUGCGUAAAUUGCAUUGCACUCAAUGUAAUUUAUUUAAUCACGAAGAAAGCCUUAAUCACGUCUGCUAAUAAAUAUAAAAUACAUUAGAUCAAUAUAUCGAGUUAUGUGAUCAGAAUAAAUUUGUUUGUAAUAGCUUCACAAUUAGAUCAACUAUAUAAAUCGUGUAAAAUAAUAAUUACUAAUUUUCUACAUUUUAAAAUGAAAUUAAUAGCGAAUUGCGGUGUAUUUAAUACACAAAUGUAAAAUAAUUUUUGUCCAAUGAGAAAAAGAAAACGUGAUAAACGUGCGAUUGACGGGGUGUGGAUCCGCGCUUUAAAGUCGCGGCCGCAGGUCUCUAAAAAAAUAAUAACUAAACAAUAAAACAAUUAUAACGGCCGACGAGCAUGCGAGCGAUCCGCCCGAUGCUUUUUUCUUUUUUUUUUUUUUGCAUCGAUUAUAUUGCAAAAGAGCGCGAUAACGUAUUUCGCAUGUACAGUAAAGAGAAUCUCGCCGCCAAAGAAAGUCGCAAGGAGAACAAAAUAAACAAUAUUUUUCGCGUAGCUCGAUUGGAUUGAUUCUUAGAAUCGGCCAGCAAUGCUUGACGCGCAACGGCUUUGUCCGAUUAUUAUUAUUAUUUUUUUUUUUUUCUUUCAUUUAUUUCUAUCUCGCGCGGCACUAGCCAUUGAUCAAUACGCGCCACGCUGCUACUAAUACAUAUAAAUAAUAUGCGGCUCUAGAGCAAUAAACAAUUAAGCAAUAAUAUUCGCGUAGCGCACACAACGAAAAUCGGCAAUAUUGCGCGCCAAUCGCGCGAUUCACUCGCAUAUGUAUAUCUCGUAUAACGUCCUUUUGUUGUUUCAUUUCUACCUUCUUGCAGCAUUUCGUCAUUAUUCAUCAUUCGUUUUAUAUCGUACUCUUUACUCUGCGCUUUUAUUUUUUUUGUAUAUCGAAAGUAUCAUUACUUUAUAUAGUCAUUAUAUUAUUCGAUUAGUCGAUUAUUUGUCGAUUCGAUUAUUAGUCGAUCAAGCGUAAUUAUUUGUAUUUAUUAUUGACGGGUUGUGUCAAGAUAUUGAAAUGUGUGAGAAUAUAUUAACAAAUAUAAAAAAUGUACACAAUUCCUAGAGAUGUGCGAAAAGUUACCAGUUUUUAAGUAUUUUGCAUUAUCUCAGAUUUGUGAUUCGAGCCAUUUUGUUGCCAUUGUGAUGCUCUUACAUCAUAGACAUAUAAUAUCUUGACAAGCUGUCAUAUAUUACUGACAUACAUUAAUAUUAACAUUAUUACUAUUAUUAAUUUAUUAUUAUUUCAUUAUUUUUAUUAUUAUUUAUUAUAGUAGCAUUAUUAUUAUUAUUAUUAUUAUUAAUAUUAUUAUUAUUAUUAUUAUUAUUAUUAUUAUUAUUAUGCUAGUACAACGAUUCGAUACAACGAUCGAUAUCCAUAUGUUACAAGCAUAAAAAGCUAAAACAUGUGCAAUUUCCAUUUUGAUUUGUAAGUGGAAAACGCCAGCAUUCCAUGCGAUAAGCUACUUUACUUAAGGUAGUAUCUCGCGUAUAUAGUUGCUAGUCAAUACACUUAAACUUCCGAAUCAUGGUAAUAUAUUGCAUAUGCAUAUAGCAUAUAUUUAUAUAAAUAUAUAUUAUACUACAUAAACACAGAACGUCCCCUCGCGCUGGAGGCAGAUCUUGAAGCAAUUCUUGACUUUUUUUUCUUUUUACUAAAAAGAAAAGAAAAAUGAGACAGCUGAUUCGAGCAAUAUCUAAGGUAGCCACUUAUUAUUUCAUUCUACAGAAAUUUCUCACUACGUGUAUAUAUGGGUCUGUCUAGUUUUAAUUUUAAAAUUUAUUAUUCUUUUUCAUCAAUUUUAUUACCUCUUUCAAUAAUGCAAUUAUUACGAACACAAUCACGCCAUAAUUCAUGGCAUUUUGCAAUUACAAAAAUCUUUAUAUUUUGCAGAUUAUAUACUAUCCAACUAAUUAUAUAAAUUAAUUUAUAUAUUGAAUUGAUAUUCAAAUUCGAAUAGUUUGUAAUAAUAAACCGCCGGUCGUGGGACAUCCUGUAUAUAGUCAUAAUUCUUAGCUCGAGCGUGUAUAGAGACAGAGUGCUCGUCAGACUUAAAUGCCAUUAUGAAAAAAGAAAUCCGAGAGCUUUAAAAGGGAGCUACGAUCGAAAGGGAGCAUAUCCACUUGUUUUCGCGCGUAGAAAUCGAACAACUAUAAAGCGCCGAUUAAAAAAGAGCAAGUCAGUGACUAUAGUCGUGAUUAGCGGACGGGCGAGGGUUCGUUGUGGGAAUUGCGCCGGUUCGUUAGACAGUCAUCUAGUCAAUUUCUUUCCUCGUUACACGAAUGAUCGUUAUUCGAUAAAAGAAGCAAAGUCACGCCCGGGCUGCCGGGAAAACUUAUUCCCGACGAUUUAUUUUUUUAACCCAUUUUAAGAAUAGCGAUUAUAUAUGACUAUAGAAAAAUGUGAAAUUUGUAGAGAGAGAGAGAGAGAGAGAGAGAGAGAGAGAGAGAGAGACAAUUAAAGAAUUUAUUAAAAUUACAAAUACCUUCCUUCUCCUCGCCCUUUUCAAGACAACCAAUGAAUGACCGCUGUAUAAUUUUAAUCUAUAAUUAUAAAAAAGAAGAAAAAGAAGUUUUCCUAUCGAUCAAUUCCAAUUAUAAAAUCUUUCUCUUACUGUCACUAUUUUCUGCACAGUAUUAAAUAUUAAUUUGACAAUAUUAGCAGCGUUAUUACAUUUAAAUUUGAAAAAUGACAUAAAUGACAUAUUAAAUCAGAAUAUUAAAUCUUUCUAUGAUAUCAAGCUAUCAUCUUUUACAAGACGAUCCAAAAAGAAUCGUCAUACUUUGCGAAUUUUUUCUUUCGGGAAUACAUGUCAUUGCCUUAAAUGCCAGCAACAGGGCGUCUACUCCUAUAGCGAAUUUCUCGAGCCUCGCCGAUAGCGUUUAGAGUCGAGGAACCCUUCUCGAUUCAAGCUCAACCAUGUUAUCGUAAAAUCGAUGUUACUUAGAGGUGCUCAAAGAAGUGUGUACAAAACGACAGAAAAAUAUAGAUAAACCGCAUUAAAUGGGACGGUAUAUUUAUUGAUAACGAGAGAGAAGCGAAUAUAUUUAGCGCAUUAGGGGCUCUUAUAUCGGGCAUAGAAGAGGAAAAUAAAUUGCGUCUCUCGUAACCGAUGCUGCAUGUACAUAAUCCCAAUCUUACUCUUGCACUUCUUAAUCGCAGGAUUAUAGUGAUACAUAUAAGAUGUAAG